CGUAGCCAUGAAGCAGAUGACGGCAAUCGAAUGGAGAGUGUAGAAAGCUUUUUGUCACAAACUUUUUAUUUACCUUCGAGACAUCAUCGUAUGAAAAAAGGUGUUUUUGUUGGUGGAUUUUUUUAUUUUCUGAAGUGAUCUUUCAAAAAUUAAAUAUGUUGAUGUGUUUAGAAGAAGACAAUGUGAUCGUCGUUUGUUUGUUAGUGUCGUGAGAAAUGUCAAAAGGGAGCAGUGAAAAAAUAAUAAAGGUAAAUGUGCACUUAAAUGCACAUUCGCCCUAAUAAAAAUUGCUGUGAAAUAUAAUAGAUAAAUAAGAGACUUUUUCGAAUGUAAAUCUAAUCAGAAUGUGUUUUAAAAAGACUAACCGAGUACAGUGUUCCACACAACUAUGUACGAAAUUGGCUAAUACUACAUAACUCGACUUCUCAGUAUUAUACUAUGUACCCUUCAACUGUAAAUAAAAAUGAAACGGUUAAUAAAUCUAAAUCCUGUAUAUAUGACAGUCCCUGCGACCCUAAGGACAGUGACUAUGAAAAGUUGUUUUGCCCUAAUAAUGAACUGUCUGAGCCCCCCAAAACUCGGUGUGAUAGACUAAAGACAGGCUCGUCCUGUCAAGCUCUUAAACAUGCAGUGGCAGCUUUACACCCUUUGGACGAUUUCCACAAGGAGAAAAUCGGUGAAGGUUUCUUUUCUGAGGUGUUCAAGGUGACCCAUCAACAAACGGGCCAAGUAAUGGUUCUCAAAAUGAACACACGGCAUUCGAAUCGUCGCAACAUGCUCAAAGAGAUCCAACUCAUGAACCGUCUAUCACACCCAAACAUUUUGAGACUGAUGGGAGUGUGCGUCCUCAAAGCACAGCUUCACGCUCUCACGGAAUACAUCGACGGUGGUUCACUACAUCAGCAUAUCCACAACAGAUCGGUGGAAAUAGAGCAGGAGACGAGGAUAGAAAUAGCUAAAGAUAUCGCGUGUGGGAUGGAGUACUUACAUUUGAAAGGAGUUAUGCAUAGGGACUUGACAAGCAAGAAUGUCCUCAUAAGACGGUUAGACACCGGAAAACUCCAAGGAAUCGUAAGCGAUUUCGGCCUAUCCACCGACAUUCCGGAUCCCAAAGAAAAAACCAAGCUACCCAUCGUCGGCUCCCCCUAUUGGAUAUCACCGGAAGGUCUCAACGGCAAAUACUACGACGAAAGCAGCGACGUCUUCAGCUACGGUAUAGUUCUAUGCGAGUUGAUAGCCCGCGUUGAAGCUGAUCCAGACUAUUUGCCGAGGACUCAUAAUUUUGGAGUGGACUACCUCGCUUUUUCGGACCUGUGCGGACCGAAUGUUGUACCUGAACUUUUAACAUUAGCAUUUAGGUGUUGUUCUGUUGAACCAAAAAGUCGUCCCACCUUUACCGAAAACGUUCAAGCUCUCGCCGAUAUCCUGAAGGACAUGAAGUUGGCCAAAGAAAAACAACAACGUAUGGCGAAUUGUGCAGCUAAAAGCGAAGAGCAGCUUCCGGUAUUGGCCGUCCAGGCAAGCGCCCCUCAGCAUCGAAAAAUCGUCCACCGACGGUCUCUUUCGGAGGACACAUCCGUGUGGUCUCUUUCAAUGUUUGCGACGCCAAGUGACAAGGCCCGUCGACACGCUUUACUCAUGUGUCGUCAGGAUCCGCACUACAAACCUAGCACUACUAACCCGUUCGCAGGUCUAGCGCAAUUCCAGGGCGUUAAAAAGUUACUUGGCAAUUUUUCUUCCUGUUGUGAGAUGCCUUGUCCUUUCGUGGAAUCUAAAGACAGUCCGAAAUCCCUUCCAGGAUCACCUACAGCAUCGAGGAAAGCCCAUACAAUACGGUCUCCUCUUUUCGUCCAUCCCCUGUAUAAAGGCGGAUCUAGUUCAAAUUUAUCCGAAUUUACAGCUGAGUCAGUUACUGGGUUUCUGAGACGUCGAGGGUCUUGCGAAUCGGGGUUCUACUCGAGCGUAGGAGAAUGUCUAUCACCUAACAGUAUGUGGGGCGACAGUGGUACUGCUGUUAGCUCCCUUAGAUCGUUGGACGAAUUAGAACACGCUGAAUUGCAAGCCUUAUGCAAGCGAGCCUCGUCUAUAUAUACGGACAGUAGUGAAGAUAUAUCUAGUUUAACCAGUUCCGAUUGGCCGAACGAUCUUAAACCCAACAUACAGUCCAUAGUCGAGUAUUUCGAGCGUAAAGGAGCAACCUUGCGUCAUCCUGGCGGUGUUAGAGGUGGGCUACAGUUAAGUUCGAGAAUAGCUAACUUACGAAGAUCUUUGGAGAAACAUAAUAUGGGUUCUACGAGUAGUGGGGCCCACGUGACGCUGCAGAGGCCAAAAUGUUCCAGGUUGGUUAUAUGUGAAGGGGCGGUUAGAUCUAAGUUGCCGUUGUUUGAUAAAAAGUAAGCCAGGUUUUAGGUAUUUCAGCGCAUUUCUGGAAACGUGACAAAGUGAAACGAUUUGUUUAUCAAACUAUUCUAUACAAAAUUAACGAAUGGUGAAAAUGUAAAAAAUCGUAGGAAGGACUUUAAUUAAUUCUUAGAAUUAUUGUUAAAUGUCGUGUUUUAUGAUCGUAUCAUCCCUUUUUCUUGACCUCGAUGCCUCUUAAAGUUCCAAUACAUAAUAAAGCAACUAUUUUUUUAUUUUGUUGUUUUUGUGAAAAUGUAUAAAUAUCGUCUUAAGAUUUGUUUGUAACAAGUGACACCUUCUAUACCAAAUUUUUCAAUUUUACAAUAACUACAAAACACGUUCAUAAUUUUAAAAGUUCUCAGCCUGAUAUAAAUAGAUUUAAUUCAUCAUCAUCAGCCGUUGAGUCCACUACUGAACAUAGGCCUCUUGUAGAUAAUUCCAUUGCAUCCAGUCUUGAGCACCCUGAAUCCAGUUGUGCGGGAUGCGCCUGAUGUCAUCCGACCAUCUUGUUGGAGAACAUCCAAAGUUAUUAUAGUCGGUCAGCUGUAUGACGGGACAUAGCCGGUCGGUCGGCCCCAAUGAAUGUACAGGGCUGUUCACUAUAUUUUGACCCCCUUGUAAACUGCUUUAUUUACAGAAUUAGAAAUAAAUGUAAAAUACAAAAGUUAUCCGAUUUUUUAAUUACAUAUGAUUUUUUGACAUAUAAAUCGUACUAGUGACGUCAUCCAUCUGGGCGUGAUGACGUAAUCGACUAUUUUUUUAAAUGAGAAUAGGGGUCGUGUGCUAGCUCAUUUGAAAGGUUAUUCAAUUCUCUAUGCAGUAAUAUAAACAUUAAGAUCAUUAUUUAUACAGGGUGUCCAAAAAAAAAUUUGAAUUAUUAAUUAAACAAUUUAAUUAAAAAAAAAUUUUUUGGACACCCUUUAUAAACAAUCAUGUUAAUGUUUAUAUUACUGAAUAGGGAAUUGAAUAACCUUACAAAUGAGCUAGCACACGAACCCUAUUGUCAUUUAAAAAAAUAGUCGAUUACGUCAUCACGCCCAGAUGGAUGACGUCACUAUGGUUUGUUUUUUAACCAAGAGGAGUGAUUCAAAUUUACCGCGCUGUAUUGCUUGUUUGUAAUUUCAUCCAACCGCAGGCAAGUUUACUCCAAUGUUAUAAAAUUUUGACACUAAUGACAUUUAUCAAAUUUUGACACUAGUGACAUUUCAUAGGUUAAUUAAGUUAUAUCGGCGAUUUUUGAGUUUUUUGUGUUAUUCCUUUAAUUUUUAGAUUUUCAGUCUGUUUUUAUAUAAAAAGCAGUUGUUUUUGGAACUCUUUAGCGACGUAUUAAUUUAAUAUAAUAUUUAUGGAUUACCGUUGAGGGCAGACUAGAUCAACCAAAAAAGAAGAUGUAUUUGGUUAUUAUUCUAGUGACUUUCUUGGGUGUGAAUCUGUCUUUUUAGUAUACUCCUCCUGGUUAAAAAAUAAACUAUAGUACAAUAUAUAUGUCAAAAAAUCAUAAUUUAAAAAUUGAAUAACUUUUGUAUUUUACAUUUUUUUCUAAUUCUGUAAAUAAAGCAGUUUACAAGGGGGUCAAAAUAUAGUGAAUAACCCUGUACAUUGUGUACAUUCACUGGGGCCGACCGACCGGCUCUGUCCCGUCAUACAGCUGACCGACUAUAAUAACUUUUAUUUAUAUUUAAUUUAGAAUGUGUGUACUGAUUUUCAGCCUUAGUAAAUGGAUUUAAUUACCUUCGUAGGAAAGCAGCUUUGAUACCCUCUCAGUAACCCCUGUUCUACGUUUCGCUUGACCGACCGCAGUAUGUUUCUCUACACAAUCACAGUAAUCAACUGUGAAAAAUUUAGCUUUAGUAAAUUCAAAGAGAUUUUUCAGCGCUGCCUCUUGACUAUAUACAGAGUGAUCUGCACAGAGUGUACAUUCGUUUCCUGUCUCGUUUAUGUGUUCCACGGUCUCCGUUUCAUUUGUGCCCCAUCUCAAAUACAAAGUGAAUUUGUUCAGACAGUGAUCAUGCGAGUAGUGUUGUUUGUGAUCGUAGGCAAGGCCAAGAACUGAUCAGAUUAUAAUAAUAUAUCAUGGAUGUAAUGCUGUAGCUCGAUAAAUGUCCAGCUUGAUUUUAAUUUUAAACUAAAUUGUCACGUUUCCAGAAACCGUUCUCCUUUUUACUUUUCUUCUAGUCAGAUGGUAUCUAAAUUUUGGAGGCCUAAGUGAUGAUCCAUUUUGAAAGAGUUUAUAUUUUUUACGAGACUGUACAUAAUUCUGGGGGAAUUGCUCGUUUUUAAUUUUUUUAAUCAAAUUGUAUUGGACUAUCAGUUGUAAUAGCAGUAUUUUUUAUUAAUUUUGGUUGUAUAACUAGUUGUGUAUUGUAUUAAAAAUAAAAUUGUUACAAAAUGUUCCAAAAUAUUUUAUUGAAAUAUUUUUUUUAUUAAUAUAUAGGGUGUUUGUAAAUAAGUAUGACAAACUUUAAGGGGUAAUUCUACAUGAAAAAAUAAUGGCAGUUUGCUGUAUAAACAUAUGUCCGCAAAUGCUUCGUUUCCGAGAUACGGGGUGUUGAAAUUUUACUUACAAACUCACGAUUUAUUGAUUGCUCUAAAACCGGUUGGGAUAUUAAAAUGAAAUUUGUUGAGUUUUAAGAGGUAGUUAUUGCGCAGUUUUUGACAUACAACUAAGAAUUUUAUAUUUACCAUUGGCGUGCGUACGGGAACGGUCUAUUUUUUGAAGAAAAAAAAUUGUUCGCCACUGAGAUAUUUAAAAUAAAAAAUUAUUUUUGAAUGCCUCGUUCAAUUUGUGACAAAAAAUCUAUCUUAACGCUUGCAUGGUAUUCGACAUAAGUUUCUAAUAUUUUUCAUGACAAACGUCAAAAAUAGCGCCAUCUAUUGAUUUUUCUUUGUAAUUUAAAUAUUGGACCACCGUGCUUUAUUUACCAUUAGCUAAAUUAGUUUUCUACCACCUUGAAUCACUUCAUUUUGGAACAUUUUGUACGCUUUAAGUUUGAAAUAGUCAAUUGGUGCUCUACCAAAAUAAUAAUAUAAAAACAAGUAUUAUGAGAACAUAUUUGUUUAAAUCAAGGGUGUACAAACAUAUAGAGCAACAAGUAGACGUGGUAUGUAGUAUAUUUAAAUUGGAAUGUGCACCUUUGAUUCUUCUUGUAUUCAAAUUUGUUUUGAAAUUGUGAGAACUUUAGUAAUACUUUUGAAGACUGACUUCUUUGAAGUUUAUUAUGUAAAUGUAUGUAAAAUAUUAGUGAACAAUAAUCUGUUGGGGAGAAAAAUGUGUUACAUCUCGUAAAGUGUUGUAUAGAGCAGCUAUAAAGUUCCAUAAUAUCUUAAAGAAUUAGAAGAGUUCUAGGAAGGAAUAUAUAAAUUAUUUUUUAUUCUUAGUACUCUUAAAUUCAUAAAAUACCACCAGGCAAUGCAUUUUCGAGGUACAACUACUAGACUCUUGUCUGUUUUUCAAUGUACCUCCAGUAAGUUGUCGUUUCAUCGUUUUUGUGGUCUUCCUUUUUGUGGUCUUUCCACUAGAGAUGUUGAAAAAGUAUCUAUCCGUUACAAAGUACUCGUUACUUACUAAUACUGAAAGUAACGGAUCCUAUACAAAGAAGCAAAUCGUUACUUUAAAUACUUUGAUUACUCUGAUUACUUCGUACCAAUCGUAUCAGAGCGAUUAACGACUAUUGUAUCUACAACCAGUACACUUGAUUACUUUUUACCAAUCGUAUCCCAGCGAGUAACGGACGGGACCGGUAUUUCACGAGUUUUAUCUAAUACCGUUAUCGGUAUGAAGCGUUUUAAGGGUGAGGAGAAGAUAGAAGAUGAAACAGAAGGAGGUAUAAUGGUAUACGUAAAAUAUGUAAUGUAAGUCAUUAACAAAGAUCGAAUGCAAGAACCCUAUAUUUUUAUCUAGAUCUACGCCAGAUUACCGGUACUCAAAUACAAAAGUAAUCAUAGUAAUCAAAUCAUUUUUAUCCCUUAAACAGAUCGGUGAAGGUUGUUGUUAUAUCGGAAUACCUAUACAAAAUACCUACCUACUGAGAAAUAGGAUUCUCGAUAUGAUUACCGGUACUUAAAUACAAAAGUAAUCAAAGUAACGAUUUGUAACGAAUACUCGAAAGUAACUAUAAUCAACAUCACUACUUCCCACUAAUCGUUUUCCUAUUGGGAAACCGUUUCUCAUCGUCUUUACUACUCGACUUUCCUGAUUUCCGUUCCAGUGACAGUUUCCUGACGAUCAUUUCAGUAAUCGGGUAUGCAAGUACUCAUUGGGCUGACCUGCGCACUAAAAUCCGUUCUCGGUUUUUACAUAAAAAAAGUUGAUUUUUUUUGGCCGGACUUUUUCAAAAAAACUACAUUAAGGGAUUGAAGAACUCUUAUUUGAAAUGACAUAUUUUAAAAGGUAACACUGCUCGAAUAUGCAUCCUUUUACGUGUUGUGAGCAAAUAUGUAUCCCCAAAGUUUUAGUUUUAUUUAAAUUCCGUUUACAGAGUUAUUUAAAGUAUUGUAAAAACUAUAUUGUAUCUAGUAAUUGGUUUAUUGGAUUUUUAAUUGUAUGUAUCACGUAACAGGUUAGCAAGAUAUCAUUUAUAAGAUAAAAAACUUAUUAUACCCUAUUCCACUAACAUACGCCUGUUUUGGAUUACUUCGACAACAAAUAUUUUACUGUGCAAAAUAAGAAGAACGAAAGUAAAUUGCAAAUUAAAUUGUUGUUUAUUGCAAUAAUUAUUAGCGCCAUUUAGUUUCUUACUUCUUAUGUUGCACAGUAAAAUAUUCGUUGUCGAAGUAAUCCAAAACAGGCGUAUGUUCGUGGAAUGGCCCAUAAACAUGUAGAGUUCUACUUGGCAAAAUAGAAGGUUCUUUAAAUUUAAAUAUAUGUCUACUGGGUAAAUAUUACAUGAAUAAAAAAUAUACAUUUUUAACAACCUUGCAUUUCUUGUUUAGUUGGCAAUAGGAAAUAUUUUGAACCUUUUUUACAGUCUCCAAUUUAAAUUAUUCUAGUUUUAUCGUUUGCUUUCUCCCUUAUAAACUAUGACAGCCUUUCUUCCAGUUUGUUAUAGAUGAAUCUCCACUAAUCUGCUUGCUAUCUCCUUCACUAUAAGUACAUGCAAGUUUUUCUAUGGGAUUAUUUAACUUAAAAUAAUUUUCGAACACCUCUUUAAUAUGACAGUAAAGUUGAUUCAGAUUUGAUUGCAGAACAGGGCCUGUACUAUGUGCUUAUACGUAUUUCGGCUUCAACUUAGCCUCAUCGGAGCACCUGUGUAGAGGCAUUCUCUAAUAGUUCCUGCUGUUCCUUAAAUCUUGAUUAUAUGCCGUGAUAUACCAAAACUUGUGUAUAAAAUGCUUUCUAGUUCGACAAUCACAAGGAUUUCAGCAUUACAAGUUAUACAUUUUAGUGUUUUCUCAACUUUAAAGGUUAGUUGUAUUGUAGUCUAGGUAGAGGUCCAAGUCAGCCCAAGAAACUUUUUUUUGUUCAAAUAGUGUGUUUAAUUUCAUUGUCAUUGAAUUAUUUGACCAUGUGUAAACCAAUAAAUGUAAACCAAUGAAUUAUUUGACCCGUGUUAUCACAUUAUUACCAAAUGUUGUUGUUUUGAGUCCGCGUGCAGUCUACAAAUUUAUUCAAAGAUUACAUUUUUGCUGAUGUUAAACUAUAACAAUUCUUUGUUAUUUUGUAUUUGUUAUGAGGUUUUAAGCGUGGAGUUUUUACCUAAAAGCUAAUACACAAAAACCAUGUAACAGAUAAGAGAUAAAGCAAUCAGUAUGUAGGAGUCAUUAUGUAGAAAUCACUUCUCAAUUAUUAAUUAGAAUCAAACGAGUAUCACCUCUGCAAGUUUCCUGCCAAUUACCAAACCGGACUUAGAGUCGAAUAAAGGGUAUAUUUUGUAUUUUUAAUUACAUCCAGAACUUCAACUCGCUCUUGUACAACAAGAACUACAUAAGCUCCAGCUAACUGAUACUAUUCAUGGUCCUUCGAGCCGGAUAUGAAUCAGCGAUCUAUGGAUGGCCAAAACUCCACGCUUCAAACCCCAUAACAAAGAAUUGUUAUAGUUUAACAUCAGCAACAAUGCAAUCACUGAAUAGAUUUGUAGGCUACACGCGGCCUAAAAACAACAUUUGGUAAUAAUGUGAUAACAGACACGGGGAAAACCAUUCAUUGUUUAAUCAAUGACGAUGAGAUUAAACAUAGUACACUUCCCGUCAUAAAAAACUGGUACACUUUUUUUUCCCAAUGUAAACCUGUCUUCAGACUGGAUACAAUAGUUCGUGAAUCACUUCGUUGUUGCCAUAACAGAUAAUAAAAUUGCACUAAAUCUAAAUACAAAAAAAUGACGAUUAAAAAUGUAUAAAAGUUUUAGAUAGGUAUUAUUUUUAUCCCUACCAAUUGACCAUCAUUGAAGAAACCUGGGAAAGCUUGAACGAAGAUGAAAAUAUAUAACUAAAUUUAUUUCUCAGUGUUCAGAAAAUUACAAGAAGUGAUUAGUAAUAAUGGAGCUAUGCCAAAAUAUUAAUAUUUCAGCAGUUUCGAAUUGUAAUACAUAUACAGUCGGUAAAAUGAAAGAAUACCCAUGAACGAACAUAUAAAACACGCUGUAUUUUCCUGUCACCGUGUCACAAAGAAAAUUGCCCAGUGCAAGUACAUGUAACAGUAGUUAUUACAGGUACUUGCGCUGGCCAAUUUUUUGUGUGACACGGUGACAGGAAAAUACAGCGUGUUUUAUAUGUUCGUUCAUGGGUAUUCUUUCAUUUUCCUACUGUAUGUAAAUUCCACACUUGUUCACUGUAAAAGUUAUUCAUAUUGUAUUAAUUUCAAAUCAAUUUUUUUAUUUCUCCCGUGUGUUUAUUCUAGUAUCCCACAACUCAAUAGAGUUUUGUAUCUACAGUACAAUUUACGAGAAACCAAUCACGCUUCUUGAUUUUAAUUUGAACAUAGUUAUUUAAAGUUAUGUCUAGACUUAUUAACUAUCAUUAUUUUUUAAUUGAAAUAUUUUCAUAAAUUUUAUUAUAAUAAAACACGAAUUAGUGUAUGGGUACUUAAUUGAGAUGACUGGCAACGUUGCCUUAGAAAUUAGAAUGACACAUUUGACAAGAUCAACUUACACAACUUGAAAAACGCGAUUUCGGUUAUAAGAGUUGUACCAGUUUUUUUUUGACGCGAAGUGUACAUUAGGUUAGUGAUGCAACAAUACUUUCAACUCUGUCUUUUACUCAUCUGCUAAAAUUCUACACAGCAGUGUGAUAUAAAACAAAGUGAUGUUAAACAUUAAUAGUAAUGUUAACAACGUCCAAAAUAACAUGUUUUUAGACGUCUUUAGAAUUGCCUUUAAAGGGGUGAUUACACUGUACGUUUUAACCUUAUAUUAGUAAAGAAUCUGACAUUUUUGUCAUUGUUUCGUAUAAUAGGGACUCACUUUACUCGUAGUUAAACACGCUUUUACGUGCGUAGAAAAAAAUCUAAGAUCACGUUGUUUUUGUUCCUUACAUACUUACUUUUUUGGGUCCCUUUGGUAUAGAUAUACUUCUUUUUCAGAUGAGACAAUUACCUAUUGACAACGUUUAAUAUCGAACUAAACUGUUACAAUAAUAAUCUACCAAUGUUUUGAACAUCUGUAACGUUGUGUAUAAAUUUGUACCUUUAAGAAUUACAUAAAAUACAUAUAUUUAUAUUUGGUUCUAAUAUAAAGUAGUACCAGCCAUCUAAGAGACUCAUUAAUAUCCAAAUCAGUGAGGUGCUAUUGUUGGAGGUGUGGAAUUUCAUAAACAAGGGAUCUACCUGUUUUAUGAAAUUAUGCUUUGUUUAUGUAAGUACACAUUUCGAACAAUAGUACUCCGCUGAGCCGAACAUUAUUGAGUCUCUUAGACACUUACAAAGACACUUACAAAGGUACGGUUAUACAAAAACAGACUAAUUGAAAUGUAAACUUUGCUAAUAAUAUUGAAUUGCGUGUUUAUAUGACUUAAUUUCGUAAAUCAGGGGUGUGUCGUAAAGAAUUAGGUAAUGAAAUUCGACUCCCCUUGCAUUUACGUGCAGCUAAUUACGUCGUUCAUGGACACUAAUUAACUUUAAGCGAGGGGCGUAGGUAUCUUUAUUUUUAAGAAACACGUCUUUGUAAAUAAACGGCGACGGUCUUUUGUGUCCCUCCUAAAGAAGAGCCCAUGUUGUUAUAUAUGUUUGUACUGAUUUAGAAUGCAUGAAUUAAUAAAUACAUAUUUUCCUA